GUGAAAUGAAAGAGAUGAACAACUUUGCAGCUGUUGGUAAAAAGCUACAGAGCUUUUAUAGCAAUUCAUGCAUAGCUUUAAGUCGUUCACUAUUUCGUGUCCUGCUCUUUCAUUCAAACCCUUUCUGUUUCCAGCUUUUUUAUUUCCUAACGGUCUCUCUUUUUGGUUAUUUGGCUUUGAGGGUCACAAAGCCAAGAACAAGCACCAACACUUCUUUCAGGCCCAAAGAUUAUGAUAUCUUCUUCACAUCUGUGUCUGCCACAACAGUCUCAAGCAUGUCAACAGUUGAAAUGGAGGUCUUUUCAAAUACCCAACUAAUUAUUUUGACCAUUUUGAUGUUAUUGGGUGGGGAGGUUUUCACUUCCAUGCUUGGACUUCAAAUCACAAAGUCCAAAAUUUUUCCCAAAUCUCUUAAUCACAAAGACGACGACAGAGUUGAUGUUGUUGUUGAUAAUACCAGACACCAUCCCCCAGACACUAAUAACAAUACGUCUUUUGAGCAAUUUGAGUUGAGGUUUAUCAAUGAUCGUUCACAUUUAGAAAAUGAUGAGAAAAAUAAUAUCUACAAGUCCAUUAGGAUUUUGGGUUAUGUAGUUUUGGGAUAUCUUUUAGUGGUUCAUAUGGGUGGUUCUGUUUUAGUUUCCAUGUACAUAGCCCUUGUACCAAGUGCAAGACAAAUACUUCAAAGCAAAGGCAUCGAAAUCCAAACAUUUUCUAUUUUCACCACUGUUUCUACCUUUGCAAAUUGUGGUUAUAUUCCCACAAAUGAAAACAUGAUCGUUUUCAAGAAAAACUCAGGUCUUUUACUGCUUCUUCUCCCUCAACUCCUUAUAGGGAACACAUUGUAUCCGUCGUGCCUUUGGUUUCUUAUCUGGCUUUUGCAGAAAAUCACGAAGAGAGCAGAAUUCAGUUACAUACUGAAGAAUUAUAAAGAAUUGGGCUACUGUCAUUUGCUGUCUAGUCUUCACUCUUUUCUUCUGGCCCUUACUGUCUUGGGAUUCAUAGUAGCUCAGUUUAUCCUAUUUUGUGUCAUGGAAUGGAAAUCAGAAGCCAUGGAUGGUCUAAGUGCGUAUGAGAAAUUUGUGGCCUCAAUCUUUCAAGUGACGAAUUCAAGACAUAGCGGUGAAUCCGUUGUUGAUCUCUCUGUUCUCUCUCCUGCAAUCUUAGUGCUCUUUGUGGUGAUGAUGUAUCUCCCACCAUAUACCACAUUUCUUCCAACAACUAGCGAUUGUGAAGAGAUUGAUUCAGCAAAUGGAAGUCGAAUUCGAAAUCCAAUAAAGACUUUGGUGGAUUCUCUAAUAUUCUCACAACUGUCUUAUAUAGCAAUGUUCGUCAUUCUCGUUUGUAUCACAGAGAGAGAUAAGAUGAAGGACGACCCCCUCAACUUUAAUGUGCUCAACAUCACCAUAGAAGUAAUUAGUGGAUACGGAAAUGUUGGAUUCUCCACCGGCUACAGUUGUAAACGUCUAUUGAAACAUGAUAGUGCUUGCAAAGAUGCUUGGUAUGGGUUUGCCGGAAGAUGGAGUACCCAAGGAAAGUUCGUCCUCAUUCUUGUCAUGAUAUUUGGGAGGCUCAAGAAAUUCAGUAUGAAGCAGGGUAAAGCUUGGAAGCUAUCAUGAUUCUUAACUGAUCGGACUCUAUCUAGGUUUAAUUUCAUACAUAAAUGUUGUACGUAGGUAGCUAGUUGCAUGUUGCAUAUAGAUGUUGUGUUGCAUAAAGGUGUUGUGUACAAUACAGUAUGUGGAGACAAGUUAA